AUGGCCAACCCAGGCCAGGGUCAAGCAGCUCAGACCUCUUUGAAGCGAAAUUUUCAAGCCUUCAGUAAUGAUGGGUCUGAAAUCGAGGGGCAAAAGAAACUUGACAAUAUCACAGAAGAUUCCUCGCAGAUAAAUCUGAGAGACUGCGGGAGUGCUCUUGGCCCAAGGGAUAAUCGUCCGCAUUCUCUCGAACCGUCUAGUAGAUCUCCUACAAGAACGCCCUGUGUAUUGCCAAGUACAGCAUUUGCGCCAGAGCACCAAUGUCGCUACGAUUCUAGCGCCUCAAUCCUCCUCGUCGGCUUUCCCGGAGCUGGGAAACAUACUCUGGGAGUGAUCGUGUCAGUUGCCUUGCGCCGGCAAUAUGUCGACUUUAGUGCUGUGUUCGAGAGAGACGUGGGAUUGGCACCUUCGGACUUUGUUUCACGUCGUGGACUUUCAGCCUAUCGUGAGGCCGAGAAUCGAGUCACCAGAAGGAUUAUUGAACAAUACCAAAAGCACUACGUGAUCGGUGGCCUGACUGGGCUGGGGGGUCUGGCACAAAGAAAACUCCUGCAAUCAUUUGGCACUACCAACCCCGUCAUUUAUGUUCAGAGGGACAAGCAAUACCUCCAAGGCAUGCCAGGAAGCUUCGUAGAGCAAGACCAGGCUUACCGGAUUUGUGACGCAUUCUAUCGAUCGUGUUCAACGGUGGACUUCUUCAAUAUAACUGAGACCAAGGAGUUCCUUGAGAACCCCAAAGCUUGUGGAACCCUUAAGCUCAAGAAUGCAGAAACGGAUUUCGUUCACUUUGUCAACCGGAUUUAUGGACGAGUCCCAAGGCUGCUCAAGUCUCUGAAUCCAUUUUCGCCUGCUUACACCUAUGCACUAGAGGUUUCAAUUCAAUCAUUGGAAGCUCACGGUGCGGAUCACGAGAUAUUGGACGCUGGUGCCGACUUGAUCAGCCUGAUAGUUGAGCCAUCUCAAAGCACUAGUAGCUCGCCUCAGGACGCUAUAGUUCGGCAAGUGGCCACAUUGCGUCGACAUACGAGAGCCCCAGUCAUGAUCGAAGUUCCAUUAUCCGCUGGACUGAAUGAAGAGGAGUACUUCAACCUUCUUCAGAUGUGUAUGCGUACGGCUCCAGACAUCUUAGCCAUUGAUCUUGGAACAAGUCCUACGGACAUCGAGAAAUUGGUCGCCCUGAGAGGCUCCACAAGUAUCAUCGCUACUAUGCACUUCAGUCAAUCUGUGGCCGCUGAUAGAAGGCGGCAUUUAUGGGAACGAUAUCAUGAGCUGGCAUGUAAGUAUCAUUGCCAUGCAAUUCGUCUCACCCACGAAGUGACGACUCCAUUAGAGAAUCUUGAGGUUUUGUAUGAGGCCCAAAAGGCGAGAGAGAAAUGGACCCUACCUCUUAUCUGUUACAAUACCGGUUCUGCCGGCCGCACAUCGGUCUGCUUCAAUCCAGUGCUCUCAUCAGUCCAAGAAGCCCCGUCCAGUAGUGGAUUGACUAUUAAACAAGCGCAAGCCGCUGUUUACUCCAGUUUCAUCCUUCCUGAGAAGAAGUUCACAAUUCUUGGCAAGAGUGUCAACUACAGUCUCUCUCCCGCUUUUCACAAUGCAGCUUAUGCAGCAUGUGGUCUGCCCCAUUCGUACGGUCUACUUCAAUCCGACGAUUUCGCCGUAAUUCACUCUCUGCUAGAAGAUGCACAAUGUGGUGGCAUUACCGUGUCUCUGCCAUUUAAGACCCAGGCUCUGAAGAUCUUGGAUAGCAUUUCUUCAGAAGCCUUGGAGAUCGGAGCAGUAAACACAAUUGUUGUUCAUCGAAAGAACAUCGAAACUGAUGUACAGAAGAUCGAAUUGGAGGGUUUCAACACUGACCAUAUUGGUAUCCGUGUCUGCAUUGAGAGGAACAUUUCACCAGCCAAUUUGGUACGUGAAAGCAGCACUGCGCUGGUUAUAGGCGCAGGUGGAAUGGCUCGAGCGGCGAUAUAUGCCUGUCGCACGUUGGGCUUGACACGGAUAUGCGUGUUCAACAGAACAGAGGAACGCGCCCGAGAGCUUACCGCCUACUACAAUGCGAAAGGAAUGAAAUUACGUGUUCUAGAUUCACUCAGCGCGACAUGGCCUGCAGAUAUGCGCCAGCCAACAGUCGUAAUAUCCUGCAUACCAGCACACAGUAUUGGAGGUCAGGAGCCUCACAGAAUAAAUAUCCCCGACCAUUGGCUGGAGAGCCGAUCAGGAGGUGUAUUUGUCGAGGUCGCGUAUAGACCACUAGAAACGAUUUUGAUCAAACAGAUGCAAGCCAGAUCUGCAAGUGGAUGGAUCAUCGUCGACGGCCUAGAUGUACUUGUUGAACAGGGUAUUGCCCAAUAUGAGAUCUUUACAGGUCGACCAGCCCCGGUACACGUGAUGCGCCGGGCUGUGCGGAACCACUACGACAGAAUGACAAGAGAUUGA